AUGAGAAGAAGUCUUGCACCAAGUACAGCUGCGAAACGCUUGGUUGAUACCAGUGAUUACGAAGAUGACUCGGAUGACUAUGAUGACGAUGAAGGUUCGAAAAGAAAUGGAAAACGUAAACGAAAUGAAAAACCGAAAAAAGUUUAUGCCAAUGCGAAAAUUUCAAAUAAAGGCUACGACACAAGCCAAUUCGUUUCAUCUUUUCGUAAAGCACUUGUUCCAAUCGGUAAUCAACCAUCGUUUACCUUCGGAAGUGAUAAUAGCGAACAUGAAGCAUUUAUUCGAUCAUUUCUUGCUCAACCGUUUAAAAUUCCAAUUCCGAAUUAUAAAGGACCGAUUUCUGGUCGUGGUUUGGGUGUUCGACGUAUGGGUGGCCGACAAAGUUUAUACGAUCCAGAAGAAGAAAAUGCUCUAGUUUUAUUCAUACCGCCUGAAUUAAGUGAACAUGAUAAACUUAAAAUCGAUAAAGAUAAAGUGCAAGUACAUGUUGUUGUUGAUCCCGUUUUAUCAAAAAUACUUCGACCGCAUCAACGUGAAGGUGUUAAAUUUCUGUACGAUAGUGUUACCGGCAUUCAAAUCGAAAAUUAUAAUGGCUGCAUCAUGGCCGAUGAAAUGGGUCUUGGCAAAACAUUGCAAUGUAUCACACUGUUAUGGACAUUAUUGCAACAAGGACCUGAUUGUAAACCAACAAUUCAAAAAGCCAUCAUUGUUUGUCCAGCAUCGUUAGUCAAAAAUUGGGAUAAAGAAGUUCACAAAUGGUUGAAUGGACGUCUUGGCACAAUGCCUAUUGAUAGUGGUACAAAAUCAGAAAUUGAAACACAAUUAAAAACCUUCAUGUUGUCACAAGCACGUCGUUCGGCGAGUCCGGUUUUGAUUAUUUCCUACGAAGCUUUUCGUUCACAUGCAGCAAUUCUUCAUAGAGGUCAAGUCGGUUUGAUCAUUUGUGAUGAAGGACAUCGAUUGAAAAAUGCUGAAAAUCAAACGUACGAUGCCUUAUUCAAACUCGAUUGUCGUCGGCGUGUUCUGCUAUCUGGUACACCGAUUCAAAACGAUCUUUUGGAAUACUUCAGUUUAAUUCAUUUCGUCAAUAGUGGUAUUCUCGGUACAGCCAGUGAAUUUCGAACCAGAUUCGAAAAUCCGAUCCGACGUGGCCGUGAUGCUGGUGGAACUGAUAAAGAAGUUCAACAAGCUCAAGAAAAACUCCAGGAAUUAAAUCAACUAGUCAAUCGAUGUAUUAUUCGACGUACACAAGCGUUAUUGACGAAAUAUCUACCGGUUAAAAUUGAACAAGUUAUAUGCUGUAAACUAAUGCCAUUGCAAGUAGAUUUGUAUAAGAAAUUUGUGGAAACUGGUAUGAACGAACUUGGUUCAUCCAAUGGAAAGUUCUCCCAAUCAGCUCUAUCUAUUAUUACUAGUCUGAAGAAAUUGUGUAAUCAUCCUUCACUCAUUUUCGAAAAAUGCUUGGAAAAAGCGGAUGGCUUUGCAAAAUUGCUGCCGUUAUUUCCUGCUGGUUACAAUAUGAAAACAAUUGAUCCCGUUUUGUCAGGCAAAAUGAUUGUAUUGGACUAUUUACUUGCUGUGAUCAAAGCAACGACAAAUGAUCGCGUUGUACUUGUAUCAAAUUACACACAAACAUUAGAUGUUUUCGAAAAACUGUGUCAACAACGACGAUAUCAAUUCGUUCGUCUCGAUGGUUCGAUGUCAAUUAAGAAGCGAGGCAAAAUUGUCGAUACUUUCAACAAUCCUGAAAGUUCCGAUUUUAUCUUCAUGCUCAGCAGUAAAGCAGGUGGUUGUGGUCUUAAUUUAAUUGGUGCUAAUCGCUUAGUUAUGUUCGAUCCUGAUUGGAAUCCCGCUAACGACGAUCAAGCGAUGGCUCGUGUCUGGCGAGAUGGACAGAAGAAGCAAUGCUAUAUCUAUCGUCUCAUUUCUACCGGUACACUCGAAGAAAAGAUCUUUCAACGUCAAGCACAUAAAAAAGCGUUGAGUAGUUGUGUCGUCGAUCAAGAAGAAGAUGUCGAAAGACAUUUCACAGCUGAUGAAUUACGAGAUCUGUUUCGCAUCAAUGAAAAUACUCGUAGUGAUACUCAUGACAAAUUUAAAUGUAAACGAUGCAUGAAUCAAAUUCAGGUUAAACCACCACCCGAUGAUGCAGAUUGCGGAUGUGAUCUUUCACAAUGGCAUCAUUGUUGGGAUAAACGCAAUUUAGUCGAUCAAUUACUGAAACAAAUCUGGCGGGAUGAUGUCAUUUCAUUUGUUUUUCAUCAGAAAUCACACGAACAAAAGAAGACCGUUUAA